CUCGCAUUAGACAACGCUUUCCCAGUUGUUGGAACCAAUCACUCGACCCACAUGGGUCGUGUUUAUAAAAUCACCUCGCUGGCUUGCUCGCUCGCACUGUGCCCCAUCCUUGCCCCCCUGUGAUUCCUCUGGAUUUGUGUAUAAGUGUCGCAGCGCUGUGAAGGGUCGGCUUUUUGGUGCGGGAGUUUAUACAUCCAGGGUUUCUUCCUCGUAAUUUUGGUUUUUGUAACUUUGUUGUGAUGAACUCCCCCCAGGAGUAGGUGGAGGUCGUUCCUGUGUAUGUGACAGACAAUCCAAUUACUUUGAGGUUACGCCAGUAGUUAAUUGAGUGGGUAGGAGGUUACGUUUGGAGCUAUGGGGGAAAGGUCCAAGCUAGAGAGGUUGGUGUCGGAUACAGAGCGCAGCAUUCACGAGAAAAAAAAUGUAGUGCUGCAAAAGAUCGAACAGGAAAAUGAAAGUCUCGAGGAGUUGGCUAACGAGAAGCCACCGGGUGGGGGCCUGCCACCCACUGAGGCCUUAAAAUGCUUCUUUGACCGCAUUCCUUUAUUCUCUGUUCCAGGAAUCGCCAAUGCAGAAGGUUUUGUUGUGAUAUUAGUGUUGGAGCUUGAUAUGAGGGACACUAUAAGUACCGCUAUUGAGAAAAUGUACAUUCUGAAAGUUCUUGGUGCUCCAAUCCGGGAUCCUCAUAAGACUAGUGGUGUGCCAUUGGCGGAUCAGUACGUGGGUCUUCUGGACUUCGCCAGCCUUGUCCUCUGGGCUCUAGAGGAGUUAGAAGUUGCAGAGGCAGAUGCAAAAAUUUCCGGUAUGGCAUUGAGCCCCACCGAUGCACCUCAAAAUGCCACUUCUUCCGUGGAAGCAAGAAAUCCAAAAAGAGCAAAAGAGUUAUUAGCACGUGCAGGGGAGAAACUGUCGCCGGGAGCGCAGGCGAAACAAAAUUCACCGACACCUGAGAGCACAUCAACUUCCCAAGAAGAACCACACAGCCGCGGAGGCUUCUUUGGCCUUUUAGACAAACUCGACACAGUGAAUUCUACCCAGGUGAGUGUUAUGGCACGAUCAUUUCGGUGGGGUCCCUUUCUGCCAGUGCGUCCCGAAGAUACGCUUCUUCACGUCUUGCUUCUACUCUCCAAACAUCGGCUAAAAGCUGUUCCAGUGGUGGAUGCUGACUCGAAGAGCGUCAGGGGCUUCAUCACUCAGGACGUUGCUGUUCAGUUAUUGCUUCAGUGUGAGGGAUUGCACUGGUUUGAGACAAUUGCCGAGCAGAAACUCAGUAACGCUGGGUUUGAAGCUGAGUCCAACGGGGGACAAAUGAUCUCAGUCCACGACGACGACACUCUCAUGACAGCGCUGCGUGCAAUGUGGAAGUACCGAAUCAGCGGCGUGCCAGUUCUCGACCGAUCUACUAAGCGCCUCAUCGGAAACAUCCGCUACUGCGAUUUAAGAAUAAUAUUAGACGAACCUGAAGUAUUUUACCAUCGCAAGGAGAUGCUUGCUCGGGAUUUCUUGCAAGAAGAUGGUGGCACGCAUCCUCAGGAAACUCCCCAGCCAGAGGAUUUCACGGCUGCAGCAUCUGCUGCAGCACUGAGCCUGUCCAACAUCCAAACACCAGGGAUGCAGGACCCAGUGACGUUCAGCUCCAGUGACAGCAUGAAGGAAGCUAUGCAGAAGCUGUUCAGAGCUCGCAGCGACAGGGGGUUCAUAGUGGACAACGAAGGACGAGUGAAGGGCGUGGUGACAUUACGAGACAUCCUGAUGCAAUUCUCUCCUCCUGUUGUAGAGCCACGCAAUAUGCACAUGGGUGGAUUCUUCGACACCGCCCUGGAGCAGACUGACGCUUUCCUGGGUCCCGGCUCCGUCGUCACGCUCCACCAGAGCUGAUCCUAUAACCGUAUGCGCAGACUCACUGUGGUGCUUCUAAGCAAAAUGAACCAGGCACACAGUCCACGUGGAUGAUGUCUUGGCAGGAUAUGUUGUAGUGUUUAGGAUCUUAUCGUAAGAGAGAGGAGUUAGUGAACUGCAACUGUGACUAUAAUUCUUUUUAAUCUUUUUACACAUACUGUAGUGAACCAUUGUACACAGAUAGGUGGGUUCAGUAAGCAUGGUUAAGAUUUCACAGUUGGGAUUUGAAUUGUUUAUCUUUUUAACUUCUUAUUAUUAUUUUGCAAUCUUAGGUG